AUGCUCCCUCUGCGGGAGGACAGCCGGGAAGAGGGCAUCUGCCCCAUCUGCCAGGAGUGCCUGAAGGAGGCGGUGCGCACUGACUGCAGACACCUCUUCUGUCGAGCAUGCCUGGCCCAGCACCUGGAGAAGACCUCAGCCUCCGGGGUCCUCAGCUGCCCCCUCUGCCGGAAGCCCUGUUCCGAGGGGGUCCUGGGGGCCGGCUAUACCUGCGACAGCCACCAGAAGAAGGUGUGCUGGUUCUGUGAGGAGAGCAGAUGUCUUCUGUGUGUGGAAUGCCGGGUGUCCCCUGAACACAAGUCUCACUGUGAACUGGCCAUUGAAAAUGCCAUCAGCCACUACAAGGAACGACUCAACCGCAGGAUCAGGAAGCUCAGAAAGGACAUCUGCGAGCUCCAGCGGCUCAGGGCUCAGGAGGAGGAGAGACUGCAGGCUAUGCAGUUUCAGGCAGACUGUAGGACCCACAGGCUGGAGGCUGAACUGGAGCGUCAAGACCGAGCCAGGAGACAGCUGGAUGCCCUCCCUCAGCAGCGGCCAGGCCAGCUGGAGGACAUGCCAGCAAAGGUGUCCAGAAUCCCUGGCAUCUCCAGGGCAAUGAUUCAACUCAGCAGCCUGGUCACUGAACUGGAGGGGAUGGCUAAGAAACUGGAUGCCAGCCUGCUGAAGGACGCCAGUGACUUAUUGAACAGGAGUGCUCCAGAGCAGUUAGAGGUUAUUUAUCCCAACUUAGAGAAAAGAAUCAAUGAAUCACUUAACCAGUCAUCCUCAGCAGCUCUGACCAGUUCAUCCCUGGACCAGCUCCUCUCAGACUCACCUCAGCCUCCUGGCUCUCCUUCCCCCAACCUGUCCAGCCUCCCACGAGGUCUGCCCAGUGCACCCUCAGGCCUGCCACCUCCUGAACAUGCCACAGCUGUGAUCAGAUGCCUGACCCUCUGA